AUGGAGAAAGUUAUAUGUUUACUCUCACAUGCAAAGUUGCCUAAGAUGUUCUGGGGUGAAGCUCUACUGACAGCAGUUUAUGUGCCCAACCUUUCAACAUCCUUUGUGCAUAUUCCCAAAGAUGAGAGGUCCAAACUUGAUGCUAAGACACGAGAGUGUGUGUUUGUGGGCUGUGGUCAAGAUCAGUUUAGCUAUAGAUUUUACGAUCCAGUCCAUAAAAGACUUAUCAGAAGCUGUGAUACCGUGUUUGUUGAAAAUCAAACCAUUAAGGAUAUUAAAAGGGCUCAGAAUGUUUCUGAGCAAUCUGAUGGAGAUUCAACAAACUUGGAAUUGAUUCCUCCAACAACGGUUCCUAGACAAGUUGGAGAUGAAGAAAGCGACCAAGAUGGUCAAGAUGCUCCCAUUGAGUUUGAACCAGGUAAUGUUGAUGAUUAUAAUGUUCAUCAUCAUCCACCAGCAGAUGUGGGUUCUCCAAUUCUACAGAGAUCUGGAAAGAGCAGCUUCUCAUCUGUUUACAAAGGAAUACUUAGAGGUGGUUCUCUGGUAGCAGUUCGGAGCAUUAAUACAACAAGUUGCAAGUCCGAAGAAGAUGAGUUUGUGAAGGGUUUGAACUUACUGACAUCCCUCAGACAUGAUAACCUUGUUAGGCUCAGAGGCUUUUGCUGUUCCAAAGGUAGGGGUGAAUGCUUUCUUAUCUAUGAUUUUGCUCUUAUGGGAAACCUGUCAAGAUAUCUUGAUCUAGAAGAUGGAAGCAGUCAUAUUCUCGAGUGGUCCACAAGGGUUUCCAUCAUCAAUGGCAUUGCAAAAGGUAUCGAAUAUUUGCACAGAAGAGAGGCAAAUAAACCUGCUAUAAUUCACCGACGAGUAUCUGUUGAGAAAGUUCUACUUGACCAGGAAUUCAAGCCAUUGAUGGCAGACUCUGGCCUUCAUAAGCUUCUAGCAGAUGACAUAGUCUUCUCAGGCCUAAAAACAAGUGCUGCUAUUGGAUAUCUAGCUCCAGAGUAUUUAACCACAAGACAUUUUACUGAAAAGAGCGACAUAUAUACAUUUGGAGUGAUCAUUCUCCAAAUCCUCUAUGGUCAACAUGUGCUUUCCAACUCAAUGCGUUUGGCAGCUGCAUCUAGCAGAUACCAGGAUUUCAUUGACACCAAUCUCAAAGGGAACUUUUCUGAAUCAAAAGCAGCUAUGCUAUCAAAAAUUGCACUUGAUUGUACACAAAAGCUUCCAGAGCAGAGGCCAACAAUGGAGGCAGUGAUUCAAGAGAUGAACAAGAAGUAAUCCUAGUUCCUGAUCGCCACCACUCGUUCUGGAACAAGGAGAAGUUGAUGAUGCAAACAAGGUGAGCAUACCUCACUAAACUGCAGAGAAUACUAGCACAAAUCAUUCAUACUAAUCGUCAAACGUGCGCCUUCUAAGGACUUGAAACUUACAGCAAAUAUAAGAAGAUAGGGUGCUCGAGUAGGAGAAAAUCCUAUGAUUUUAUCUUAAAUAAGUUUUCCCUUGAGCUUUAUGAGAAAAAUGACAGAACCCUUUC